AUGAACUCCGUCACGACAGCCCAGAUGGCUAUUUAUGCCGUUCUGAUCAUCCCGGUACUAUUUUUGCUGGUUAAACACGGCAAGGCGGGCGUUUUGGGAUGGUUCUACUUUGCGGCCUUUUGCAUGCUGAGAAUACUCGGCGGCGCUCUUGCGCUCAGCGGAAGCAAGUCGGCCACGAUUAUUGCCAAUGUUGGGCUGUCACCGCUGCUCCUAGCCGCUUUUGGCAUUCUCCACGAGUCAAAUUCCCUACGAAAGACGGCCGAUGCGAAAGUCGAAUGGGCUGUUGUGGCCGUCUUCCACGUCCUGGUGGCUGGCGCGACCGCCAUCCUCGCCGUUGGCGCCUCGGCUCUACAAAGCUCGUCGCCUCUGCCCUCUGAUCUUACAAAAGUCAAGGUUGGAAUCGCCCUCAUGACGGUUGCCUGGAUUGUCCUCGUCGGGUGGUCUGUGCAAUCGUGGUUCCGACGCAGCAAUACCCAACAUAUGGAGGCAUCCCAAGCCGGGCAAAAGCUACUUAUCGGUGUAGUCCUCGCCUCAAUUUUCAUUGGCAUACGCGUUCUGUACACGCUGGCUGCGUUCGUCUCCCAGAAGAAGUCUCUCAGCCCAGCCACGGGCACGCUUGCCGUUCGCGUGGUGCUCAUUCUCCUACCAGAGCUGGCUGCAUCCCUCAUUUUUCUGACAUGCGGUUGGAUUACCCGCAAUGCCACACGAUCCAAGGCAAUCGAUGGAGAAAAUGCAGGCUUACGUCUCAGCAGCAAGGGGAGCAGCGCCUAA